AUGGCAAGCGCAGCACACACGGCGGCCUGGAGCCGGACAUCGGCGCCGAUGCUCAAGCGGGUUGUCGGCCAGGCAGGACAGCAGCAACAGCAGCAACAGCGGCGGCGUCUGGGGCUGGGCUGGUCGCGGGCGUACUCGGCGCCAGCUGGAAACGUGAUCCCCGAGGCCAAGCGCAAGUACGUGCCGACCAGCGGGACGUAUCCGCAGGGCUUCCGGGCGGGCGGCGUGGUGGUGGGGGUGAAGCCGGGCAACACAACGAAACCGGACCUGGCGUUGAUGGUGUCGGACGUGCCGUGUGCAGCGGCGGCAGUGUUUACGCGGAACAAGUUCCAGGCGGCGCCGGUGACGUUCAGCCGGGAGCUGCUGCGACGGACGCAGAAUCGGGUGCAGGCUGUGCUGAUCAACUCCGGCUGCGCCAACGCGGUCACAGGCAAGGGCGGCCUGGAGGAUGCAGCAGCCAUGGCCCAGGCGACCGAGGCAGCAGGCGGGGGCGACGGGACGAUUGUGAUGAGCACGGGCGUGAUCGGACAGCGGCUGCCGAUCCAGAAGAUCCUCGACGGCGUGCCGUCCGCGUUUUCGGCCCUCGGCUGCUCGCACGACCACUGGAUGACGUUUGCACGGGCUAUCUGCACGACGGACACGUUUCCGAAGCUGAUGUCGCGCACGUUCCGCCUGCCGUCAUCGCCCGACGUCGAGUACCGUCUUGCCGGCACUACCAAGGGCGCCGGCAUGAUCCACCCCAACAUGGCGACGCUGCUGGGCGUCAUCGCAACCGACGCACCGCUGGCUCCGGCCGUGCUGCCGGGACUGCUUCGUCACGCUGUCGACCGGUCUUUCAACAGCAUCACAAUCGAUGGCGACACGUCGACCAACGACACGGUCGCUUUGCUGGCCAACGGCGCCGCCGGAGGCCGCGAGGUCACCGAGACGGAUGCCGCCGACUACGCCGCCUUCCGCACCAUCCUGACCGACUUUGCUGCCGCUCUGGCACAGCUCGUCGUUCGCGAUGGCGAAGGCGCCACCAAGUUCGUCACCGUGCGCGUCACCGAGGCCGCGUCGCCCGAGGCCGCCCGCCGCAUCGCCUCUACCAUUGCUCGCUCGCCGCUCGUCAAGACCGCCCUCUACGGCCGUGACGCCAACUGGGGCCGCAUCCUCUGCGCUACCGGCUACUCGCUCAUCCCCGGCCCCGGCGAGCAAGACGCUGCCGCUGAUGCUGCCGCUGCUGCUGCCAUCCUGCCCGAUCGCACCAGCGUCUCGUUCAUCCCCAGCGACGGCUCGGCCGAGCUCAAGCUACUCGUCGACGGCGAGCCCGAGGCCGUCGACGAGGCCCGUGCCGCCGAUAUCCUGGCCUUAGAAGACCUCGAGAUCCUCGUCCGGCUCGGCACUGGCGACCAGGAGGCCACAUACUGGACCUGCGACUUCAGUCACGAGUAUGUCACCAUCAACGGCGACUAUCGGACGUAG